AAUAGAAAAGCGUUGUCACCAAAAACAUUAUCACCUCGAGAUUCGCAACUGUAAACCCGAUAUUAGGUGGUUACUUUGUAUCUAGAUGUUCGAAGGUAAUGAGAUUAAAGUUUUACAAGGUUCCUUGAACGCAACCCCAACAUAGCAAUGGUGACAUGGUUCUAUGAGUAGGAAGUGUUACUCCUGAGUGGUUAUGUUGGAGUAAACUACAAUUUCACAUUGGAAUAACCACCGUAGUCUACUUUCUGGCCAUGUUUUAUCGCUACAUUUUCCGGACACCCGUGUUACCGAGCAGAACGGCACACCUCGGCGGGUUGCAACUUGUUUACCGAGCGCAGGUAGCUUCUGACGCCAAAGUGACUGCUCUUUUUCUGCUACAAACUAGCCUUUUGUAUUCGGUAAAAGCUGCUGUACAUUGUAUCGAUCAUUCGAACCUCCAUGAUGGUGGCUGUGGGACAACACCUGCAGUGCCCAAUUACCAAGAGAGGCCACUUUGCACCCGAAACGACGAGGUGCGCCUGGCAGAGGAGGCCAGCAGGAAGUAUGGCUCCCAGGCUCCAACCAUCUUCUCAAAGGUCAUCGACAAAACCAUCCCUGCAGACAUCAUCUACGAGGACGACAAGUGCUUGGCGUUUAGGGAUAUCAGUCCGCAGGCCCCGGUUCAUUUCCUGGUCAUUCCACGGAGCCCCAUUCCCAGGAUAAGUCAAGCCCACGAUGAUGAUGCUGAGCUCUUGGGACAUUUACUGGUGGUGGCCAAGAACGUGGCUAAGAAGGAAUCGCUAACAGAAGGCUACCGGUCAUCAACGACGGCAAACACGGCGCGCAGUCCGUCUAUCACCUCCACGUCCACGUGUUGGGAGGGAGACAGAUGACAUGGCCGCCAGGAUGAAUGAAAGGGUUAUUCAAUUCAUUCAUGUUAACAAGUUAGACCUCUACUAUCAAACUGUUAGCUAUCAUGUGUACAAAUAUGAGAGCCCAUCUUUGUUUUGGAUGCAAAUAAAGAUGCUAUUUUCUAGCCACGUGGAA